UAAAUGAUUCUCUCUCCACUGAAAUGCAGCCACCUCUGGGGUGGAAGCAGUUAAACAACACACAGCAACAUCACACAAGAGUUUAGGACAGGCAGUGAAGAGGAGUAUUGUGUCCAAGUGAAACAUCAGGGGGAGUUUUAGUUCUCUGAACAUGUCCCAGAAGGAUCCCUGCCAGAAACAAGCCUGUGAAAUACAGAAAUGCUUGCAAGUGAACAACUACCUGGAGUCUAAGUGUGAAACCAUGCUUCAGGAGAUGCGGAAGUGCUGCACCCGGUACCCCAAGGGCAGAUCCAUCUGUUGUUCAGGGUUUGAGAAAGAAGAAAGGGAGAGAGAAAAGUUUAAGGCGACUUCAGAAGGAAUUCCCCCAGCACCUCAGUAACACAAUGCAGCUCCAGCAGGUGCCGGAGCACAGACUAACCUGCAGAGCUCGUGUGUGUUUUUUCAAGCCUUCUUUAGACUUUCAGGAAAGCCAGAUCGCUCCUAGAACACACCGUCCGGCACACCAAAAAGUAUAACGCAGUACCAACAGAUGGCCUGGUUAACAGACUUUAUUUUCUCUACCAAAACAUCAUCUACAUUGUCUUUGCAUCGCACCUGUGUCUGUGAAAAGUCAACUUGAUGUUUUUAGAAUGCUUACCUUAUUCUAAUCCAUCCUUGCUCUCAAAAUGGAGAACUGGAACCAAGUUAUUCUGGCUGUUGGAGUGAGAGGUACAGGAAAUGAGCUCAGAAAAGGGAGUGAGUUUAAGUGUGACACAUGAAACAAGCCUGUCUUGACACAGCAAAGGUAUUGCUGCCAUCAUGCAGUAGUUCCAGACAUUUGCCUGUCCAGUGGUUCAAGCUCAAGAAUGGGAAUCAGGUCUGGGAAUUGUUCCUAGGUCUUGUAUAGAUCAUGAGUGACUACAAGUUACUUUGCCUAAGUGCCUCACUUUCCCACUGGACAGACUUUUGGUUACUUUAUAUUUGAAUUGCCUACACGCUGCUAUUUGCAUGACAAAGAUGUUACAGGAACAUUAUUUCAGGGAUUGCUACAGGAAUAGGAUUUUUUAAAAAAAAAAAAGCAAUAUUCAUUUGAAAGAUCUGACUGUUGAUAUAAAAUUUAUAAAUUUAUGUAUAAUUGAACACCUUUAAGCAAUAUGUUAUGAACCCAGCAUAGUUCAACCCGCUGGUACCCAGAGGCCUGUCACAAAGCCCUGGGCUAGAUCCAAGAACUGAUUUAGGUGCUGCUUACUGAACAAGCAGUUGUAGGCACUUGCUUUCAACACAGCAUUCCAGACUCACU